AAAAAAAAAAAAAGAAGAGGCUAUAUUCGCUUUUCUAGCCCAACCAUAUAGUUGUGUGAAGGUAACAGUGUGCUACUUGCUAUGGUGGUUUGGGUUCGAAACAUGCACAUGCACGAAUCAAUAUGAUAUUGACGCAUGGUUUGCUUUCCUCAUAAUUUUGGCUAUGGCUUCAAAUUUUCAUGUAGAUUAAGCUACAGCAUAGUGAUUGAUGUUGGAUUCACAGACAAAGAUGUCUGCCCAACUCGUUAAACCCAUCACUCACCAUCAGCUGCCAACUUCUUCACAACUGAACCGUGGUUCCAAGAAUCCCCUUUCUCACAAGCCCACUGGCAUUUCGUUUCAUAGACGAGAGCCGACCAGCCAAACCAUGCUCAUUUCUCUGCAAACAGAUACCCAUGCCUUCAUAUUUGAUAAACCAGUAAAUUCUACUUCAUAUGCUACGGUUCUCGAAUCCUGUAAAUGCCCACAUUUGGGAAAACAGAUUCAUGCCCACACCAUCAAAACUGGGUUUCACGGAGUCGAGUUUGUGGGUACCAAACUGCUCCAGAUGUAUUCGAGAUGUGGUUGUUUGGAGGAUGCAGUUGUUUUGUUUGAUGGUUUGCCCCUAAGAAACUUGUACUCUUGGACUGCUAUUCUUGGUGUUCAUGUUGAUCAUGGCUUCUUUGACGAAGCGCUUUUUCUGUUUUUAGAGUUGCAAUUGGAAGGUAUUGGGUUGGAAUUUUUCGUGUUUCCAUUACUGUUUAAGAUUUGUAGUGGACUGGGGGGACUAGAACUGGGGAGACAAUUCCAUGCGAUUGCGAUAAAGUUUCAAUUUUUUGCGAAUAAAUAUGUGGGUAAUGCUCUGGUAGAUAUGUAUGGCAAAUGCGGAAGCUUAGAUGAUGCCAAAAAAGUUAUAACGAAGAUGGUGGAGAAGGACCAUGUUUCAUGGAAUUCUAUUAUCACAGCAUGUGCCACCAAUGGGAGGGUGUAUGAGGCAUUGGAUUACUUGAAUAGAAUGCAUUCGGAUAAGUUGACGUCCAAUCUUGUUUCUUGGAGUGCAGUUCUGGGAGGCUUCUCACAGAAUGGUUAUGAUGAGGAAGCCAUAGAGUUGUUGUUCAGAAUGCAAGCAGCAGGAUUCAGGCCAAAUGCACAAACCUUGGCGAGUGUUCUUCCGGUUUGUGCUAGACUUCGAAGACUAGGUAUGGGGAAAGAAAUCCAUGGAUAUAUCACCAGACAUGGUUUUUUGUCCAACCCUUUUCUUUUAAAUGGUUUGGUCGACAUGUACAGGAAAUGUGCUGAUAUGAGAAGUGGUUUCAAGAUAUUUUCCAAUUUUUUGAUCAAAAGCACACUCUCAUACAAUACCAUGGUUGUUGGGUAUUUUGAGAAUGGUGACAUCUCCAAAGCCAAGGAGUUAUUUGAUCAGAUGGAAUCAACAGGCGCCGAGAGGAACUUAGUUUCCUGGAACUCAAUGAUUUCAGGGUAUACAGACAAUUUUUUGUUUGAUGAAGCGUUAGGAACGUUUCAAGAAUUACUGUCAGAGGGGAUUGAACCUGAUUCGUUUACUCUAGGAAGUGUUCUUACUGCUUGUGCUGGUAUGCCAUCCUUUAGACUAGGGAAGGAGAUACAUUCCCAAGCUAUUUUAAGGGGUCUGCAGUCUAACUCCUUUGUUGGUGGAGCUCUAGUAGAGAUGUAUACUAGAUUUGAAGAUCUACCGGCUGCUCAGAUGGCUUUUGAUGAAGUAAGUGAAAGGGAUAUGGCUACUUGGAACAUUUUGAUCUCUGGCUAUGCCCGUUGCAAUCAAAUAGAAAAAAUCCAAAAUUGUCUUCAAAAGAUGAGAGAAGAUGGUUUUGAACCGAAUAUAUAUACUUGGAAUGGCAUACUAGCUGGUUAUGUGGGAAACAACCAUUUUGACUCGGCAAUGGAGCUGUUCUCUGAAAUGCAAACUUCAAAUCUAAGGCCUGAUAUAUACACAGUUGGAAUCAUGUUACCAGCGUGUUCAAGGUUGGCCACAAUCGAGAGAGGUAAGCAGCUUCAUGCACAUUCAAUUAGAUGCGGGUAUGACUGGGACGUUUACAUAGGAGCAGCUCUUGUAGAUAUGUAUGCAAAAUGUGGAAGCUUGAAACAUGCAUUGCAGGCUUAUAACAGGAUUACAAACCCUAAUUUGGUCUCCCAUAAUGCCAUGCUGACUGCAUAUGCCAUGCAUGGAUAUGGGGAGGAGGGAAUUACUUUCUUCUUCAGAAUGUUGGAAGAUGGGUUUAGACCGGACUACAUAACUUUCUUAUCUGUUCUUUCAUCUUGUGUUCAUGCUGGAUCAGUCGAAACAGGUUAUGAAUUCUUUGCUUCGAUGCAGUAUUACAAUUUGAAACCCACACUAAAGCAUUACACAUGCAUGGUUGAUCUUCUAAGCCGUGCAGGUCAGCUUAAUGAGGCUUACAAAUUCGCCAAGAAACUUCCCAUGGAACCCGACUCGGUUCUGUGGGGUGCUCUGCUUGGAGGCUGUGUUGUCCAUGGUAAUGUUGAGUUGGGAGAAACGGUGGCGAAGAAGCUAACGGAGUUGGAACCUAAUAAUACAGGGAACUACGUUUUGUUGGCUAACUUGUAUGCUUACAAAAGAAGAUGGAAUGAUUUAGCCAGAAUAAGACAGUUAAUGAAGGAUAAAGGAAUGCAUAAGGACCCCGGAUGCAGUUGGAUUGAAGAUAGAGAUGAAAUCCACGUGUUCCGUGCUUGUGAUAAAUCUCACAGGAGAGCAACAGAGAUAUAUGACACCGUGAAUAAUCUAAUUUCCCAUAUAAAAACAGCUAAUUUGUAA